CAUAACCGUACCCUCCAUUGGAGCUUUGUCCUGCUACCUACCCAUGAUAUCAAGCAGACGAUACAAUUCGUCCAUCCGCCUCUACUGCGGGUAGUACGAGAAUGGUUGUCCAACAGCAUAUCCUCAACUGGCUGUAUAGCGUUCUUACCAGCGAAUAUCACGAUGUGAACCGCACAUACAAUGACGUCGCUCAGGUCUUGUCGCAAUAUCCAUCACUGUCGCCUAGGACUGAUGUUCACACCUUCCCCAACGGCGUCUCUGCCCUCCUCUUACAUCUAACCGGCACUAUACCCGUCGUCUUCAGGGGCAACACCUACCGCUUUCCCAUCUCGCUAUGGGUUCCUCACGCGUAUCCCCGUGAGCCGCCGCUCGUAUACGUCACUCCCACCGAGAACAUGGUCGUCCGUCCCGGCCAACAUGUCGACCCUCAGGGCCAGGUCUACCAUCCGUACCUGGUCGGCUGGUCGAGCUUCUGGGAUAAGUCCACCAUUCUGGACUUUCUAGCCAUCCUGCGGGAUGUCUUUGCUAAGGAGCCCCCUGUAGUUGCAAAGCAGCAACAGCCUCCCCAGCAACAACGGCAACAAGUAGCGGCCUCGACUCCCACACCACCACCAGUCCCUCCGUUUCCCAAUGCGAACAUGAUGCCGAGACCAGCUUCAGUCGUUAGUAGUGGUCACAUUUCCUCACCUCCUCCGAACGAGCAAAGGCCGCCACCACCACCGCCAAAGGGCAACGAUGCUUCCGUACAUAGGCCGUCCCCCGUGCCGGCACAACCAAGCUCAUCCGGGCCACUGUUACCACCACAUCCUGGAAGACAGGAAGCUCCAGCACCGCAGAGCAAUAGGCUUUCGAGAUAUGAUUCGGCACCACCGCUUCCGCCGCAGCAGCCACAGCAUACAGGACCAACACCUCCGAGGCCGCAAUACCAAUCGCCUCCACCGGCGCAUGUGCAUGCCCCAUACGAACAACAGCACCCAUCUGGCUAUGACAACUACCACACAUCAAACCCAAAUCGCAUGUCCAUUCAAUCACAGGGUGCACCUCUACAGCCAACAGCGCAACCCCCUACCGGUUGGAAUCAACAGCAUCAACAGCAUCCUCCGCACCAACAACCACCACAACAACAGCCACCUCCCCCUGUGCAGCAACAUACCCAACAACCAGCGCCUCAUCCUCAGGGCCAACCGCCACACCCUCAAUAUCAGCAACCACCACCACAGCAACCUCAACCGCACCAAGCGCCGCCACAACCCGUCCAGAGGCCGCCGCCACCACCGCCAGACAUCAUGGACGAACCCCUCGUCCUCUCCCUCCCCUCGCCUACCAAUAUCCCCGCACCCCCAAUCCCUCCGAAUCCGGAGCGUUCCAACCUCCUCGCCCAGCUCGCCACCACCCUGCAUGCAAUGCGCGUCCGGGCUAGGACUCAAAACGAAUCCUCUCUCUCCGGCCUCCAAGCUCAGCGCGCCGCCAUGCUGACAGCUCUUUCUUCGAUGCACGCCGAGCAGCAGUCCCUCUCAGCUGUGUCUUCAUUGCUGUCCUCCAACGCCUCCAUCCUUCACGACUCACUGCGAAAGGCCGACUCGGUCGUGGCCGACGCAAAGGCCGGCAAGAUUGUGCCACCUGACGUCGACGAGCUGCUUGUGGCGCCCACCGUAGUCGCGAACCAAUUGUACGAUCUCGUGGCCGAGGAGCGCGCCCUCGCCGAUGCCGUCUUUGUUCUCGGCAGGGCCGUGGAAAGGGGUCGCGUCAGCCCUGGAGUCUUUGCCAAGACGACUAGGAGUCUGGCGAGGGAGUGGUAUCUCAAAAAGGCGCUCGUCAAGAAGAUUGGGCGGGGAAUGGGAUUGAUUCAGUCCUGAGACGACAUUCUUGGGUGUUCAAAAACACGAGGG